AUGCUUCCUCUCUUCAACAAAGUGCUUCCUCUCUUCAUCAUGCAGCUUCCUCACUCCAUCAUGCAGCUUACUCUCUUCAUCAAGGUGCUUCCUCUCUUGAUCAAGAUGCUUCCUCUCUAA